GUAAAAAAGGUAUAAUGAUUCGGCUAGCGUUCAUAACAUUGACAUUAUCGUCUCUGUUGUCCGCGUGGUGGCUGGCCGGCGUCACGGGCGAGGCGUUACUACUGCCUCUCCCCCUGCAGCAGCUGGACCAUUUCAGACUGAACAGGAAUUUGAAGAGCUACCUCGAUAAAAUUGAUGUUCUCAUCGAACCGUCGUCCACAGUGUGCUCACAGAAAAAGGAUAUACCAGUUUUAGUGUUAGUGACGUCAUCGCCAUCACGCUUCGACCAUCGCGAGGCGAUUAGAAGCACGUGGGCGAAGCAUCUACCGACAUACUUCAUAAUGGGUUUGAAUGGACCUUCUGUGGAAGAUUUGAUGGUUGAUAAUUACGUAGAAGCAAAGAAGUAUAGUGAUGUUAUUAUAUACAAUUUUCAAGAUCACUACCAGAACUUGACUCUGAAGACUGCGCUCAUGCUCAAAUGGACAUCGGAGCACUGUCCCACGGAACUAAUGCUGUUCAAGACCGAUGAUGAUGUGUUAGUGAACCCUUGGAUGAUGAAGCGGGUCUUGGAGGAGACGUCGGGGAGUGAUCUUGUAGGAUACAGGAAAAUGAACAACUACCUCCACCGCGACGAGUACAGCAAGUGGUACUCGCCUCGGUGGCUGCAUCGGCAAGACUUCAUCCCCGAGUAUCUCUCUGGGACAGGAUAUCUCAUAAAUGGUAAACUCAUUAAGAAGAUUCUAGAGACGGCAUUUGAAGUGCCGAUGAUUAAUUUAGAAGACGUCUACUUCACUUAUUUAGUGUCUAAGCUGAAGUUGGGUCUUAAGUUGACCCAUGAUCACAGACUGAGCCCCUAUAAGCCCCUGUUGAGCUUGGGCUGCUUGUACGCGGGUCUGGCGUCAGCUCACAGUCUGACGCCGGAGGAAAUGCUGAACGCAUGGCCGCGAGUCGAAGGCCCACUCCCAGCGAAGAGUUUUUGUGACCGUUUUGUUGAUACGUACUGGAAUGAGUGGUUUUUGUAUUGAUUUCGUCAAAUUGUACAGCCCCCCCCCCUAAAUCUGUGUUUUAAUCGUUGUUUUAAUUGUUUUUACGUCUUACUUUUUUGAAAUAUCAGCAUAUAUGUAGCAUUUGAUAUAUUGAUUGUCUAUGGGACGCGCCCUACCAGAGAGUAAAGCACGAAACUGUGAAGGAUGCAGAAGAUUCAAAAGUUUAAUUAAGUUAUUUAUGUAUGCAAGGUGUUACGGACACAUUUUUAAGUUAAAAAGCUAUAUUUUUCCCUCCGAUUAGGCCCGAAGCUACUCGCCUAUAGUGAUUAUAUAAGUUUAGAAGUUUUGAUUACGUUCUAUUUUUAUAAUUGACUUUUGUAAAUAUUACUUAAGUACCUACUUUAAAUGAGUCUGUGUUUAUAAUUCCCGUGCUCGCCGGUCAAGGUAAACGUCGUGAGGAAA